AUGGUACCUUCAAUCAAUCGCUCGCUCUUCUUCGGGGCUCUCGCAGCCUCAUUGAAGGCAGAGGCUGCUCACAUCUCCUCUUCCUCCAAGCCGAUCGCCAUAUCCAAAGCAGCUCCCAACACGGCUGGCAUUCCUCUGGACUCUUUUGUCUCAUUCUCUUUCGAGUUCUCAUCAUGGCCCGAUUUCGCUGGGUUAAGGGAUAUCGCCAUCUUCGAUGAAUCGCAGAAGACUGGCCUCGUCGGCGUCAUCCGGCCAAACGUCUCAGCCGACUACCCGACCAUCAUCACCAUUGGCCCGUCCUAUUUCGAGUCUUACAAGACAAUGCCCAAGGGCACCAAAUUUGUCCACGGCUUCAAUAUGGGUGCCAACUCUAGCGCUGCAAGAGCCGCGACUUGGGCAUCUGUAUCGUAUGCCUGCAAAGCGAUAGGAAGCGACCUUUUGUUUUGGGAAUACGGCAACGAGCCUGAUCUCUUCCAUGCUUCCGGCUAUCGACCUGACAACUGGACCGAAGCCGACUACGUAUCUGAAUGGCUAAACGGCACCACUGCCAUCGAAGAGGCGACCAAGGCAGCCUGCCCAGAUCUUGGGGGAACCAAGUUUAUGGCACCGAGUUUCGCAGGCGUCGCGCGCAAUGACUACUUCACUUUAGAUCCAGUGGAAGUGUUCAGACAAGGUCUGGAUGAGAAGCACAACAUUGGCUUAAUUUCAUCCCACAACUACAUGGGUGUUUCCACGAACCCUGGCAUUACCUUGCAAGGCACAUUGAUGAACCACAGUAGCGUGGUAGAUAAGGCGAACGCUCAGCUCAAUGUUUCAAGAGGUAUCAAGGAGCUAGGACAAGCGCUCGACCCAAACGUCCCAUUCAUCAUGGGCGAGCACAACUCGCUCGCCCGACAAGGACGACCGGGCCUGAGCAACAGCUUCGGUGCUGCCCUGUGGGGUGUGGACUGGAACGUCUAUCUUGCAUCGCAAAACCUUUCCCGCUCUCACAUGCACCAAGGCACCAACUACCGGUACCAAUCCUGGCAACCGAUCGAAACCAACAUCACAACCCGCGGCACCAAACCGCCUUACUACGGUAACCUCGCCGUCGCAGCCUUCAUGCACAAGCCCUCGCCCUCGUCUCGCCUGCAAAUCUCAAGCCUCGCCUCCUCGUCCAUAUACUCGACCCAAUACGCUGCUCACGUCGACGACACGCUUGCCCGCCUGCUUCUCGUCGAUUUACACACGUACAACACCACCGCAGACAACAACUAUACCGACGCUUUCCCGCGGCCCUCCGAAACGUACUCGUUCCAGCUACCGCGGGAGUGCAAAGGCGAAGCGCACGUGCAGAGGCUGUUGGCGAAUGGAAGUGAUGCCAUUUCGGGUAUCACGUGGGAUGGAUACAGCUAUAAUUAUGAGCUUGAUGAGGGGAAGCCUGUUCGCCUGGGUAAUGUGACAUGUGGGGAGAGUGUCAAGGUUGAUGGGAAGGGUAUGGUGAGCGUAAAGGUGCCUUGGAGUAGUGCGGCGAUUGUUAGUGUGGACUGCUGA